CUUGGACUAUUCGAAGCGGCGAGUCCAAGAAGAAGGGGGAGCGCUGUCAUGGCGGCCAAGGUGGUGAUGGUGGCUGUCCCGACAGUGCUGGGCAUAGCCUCCAUCCGUGUGUAUACUGUGAGCGAAGCGCCCACUGGUGGGCUGGUUACUCGAGAAAAGCUGAACAUCUACACACCGCUGCUACAGUCUGCUCCUGCCCAGUUUGUUCCAGGGAGGCCAGGUGUUAUUGAGAGCAGGUUAACUACAGUGAGAGAGAGCAUACUACCAUUUUUCCAGGCUGUACAGGGUGCCUUUGUAUCUGUGAAAAGUGGAAGUGUUAAUCUAUACCAUGCAGCAGAGGAUGUUUACUAUUACUUGAAAGACCCUCCACCGGGUUUUCUACCCAGAUUUGGCACCAUCAACAUGGCUGGCCUGCUUGGCAUGUUCUUGGCACGAAAAGGCUCUCGUUUCAAGAGGAUAGCCCUUCCGCUGGGCCUGAUGAGUGCAGGAGCUUCCGUGUGCUAUCCGUCCCAGACUGUGGCUGUGUUAAAGGUGACAGGUAAGAAGGUGUAUGCUGCAGGGCUGUGGAGCAGCGCCGCAGUGUCUUCGCUGCUCACCUACAAGUCCCAGGAGCCUGUUGCCAAAGAGAUUGCUGCUGCACACCCGCAGGCAGCUACAGUGCCAAACCCAGAGUCUGCGGUAGUGGAGGAGGCCUCAGAGCCCAGCUCAGUCCAGAGUGCUACAAUCCCAGAGACAGAGGUGGAAUUAGCUCUGUCUGUUCCUGUCUCUGAUGAGCACAUUGUCACUGUCAUAACAGAGGAGGCGUCAUCAGUAACACUCACAGAUAAAUCCCCCGACCAGACCCCUACAGAGACCAUCGCAGUGCCUGCAGAGACUGAGACCACCACAACCUCAGGGGAAAUACCUGCUCCUGUUGAAAGUGAGGAGCCCUCAGACACAAAAAAUGCACAGGAUGUCUCCCCUGACUCUAGUCCAGGCAAGCCGACGUUGAGCUUAGAACCGGAGAUGGUAGAGGCUUCUCCAGUGGAGGUUACUCUGGUGGAGGCCGCUUUGCCAGUGGAGGCGGAGGCGGCUCCAGUCGAGGACGUUUCUUCCUCUGAAGAACCACCUGCUCCAAAGGCCUCAGAUGAGGCAGCAGUGCCAGUUGGUGAAUCUGGUGAGCCCGAACCUGCUGUUCAACCUGAGUUAGCUGACCCACCCCAAGUUGCUGCUGUGGAGGAGACACUGACCCCGACACCUCCCCAACAGUCUGCAGCAGAAAUCAGCAAAGGGGGCACUGGUUUCAAGCCAGACCCUGCUGUAAUGGACUUCGGCCAGUCCGACCCUGAGGAUGAAGACCUGUACAGCACACGCAGCUGAGACACCACAGCUGGCCACAGGAGAAGCCUCAUUCCCACACUGCCAUCUCGUAUCUCAUCCUGAUUGACAAAUGCUCUGUAUCAUCAUGCUUUGUAAAUAAGCCAUUUUGCAAGCAAGCAGAGUCAGGAAGUCUUUCGUAAACAUUUCCAUUCUCAUUUCUUUGGCACACAUCAUUUAUUUUCCACAGAAAGAGGUCCAAGUAUAUUUGCAUUGUAGCAGCAAUGCAGUGAAUUCCAGUACACAGAACUGAGUUGAUUUGCGUAAAAGGACAGAAACAUGGAGAGAAAAAAACACACCCACAACUUUCUUUUAAUUCACAGAUGGCAGUUUGUGAAAUUUUCUCGCUGUAUGUGUCAUUUAACAAUUACUGGCUUUUGUGCAACAGCUUUCACAGCCAUGAGUGCAUGGUGCUUUUAUUUAUUGUAAUUUAGCACACUGCGUUGGUAAAGUGAAAAUACUGCACGUGUGCUUGUAAUGGUUACACGGUUGACUAGUGCUGUAAUUUUGUUAUAUCAAAAAUGGUCUUCAGUUGUUCAGAAUCAAAAAUAAAUCUAUAUUUUCACAAUUUCA